UGCAAGGACUUGGGAGGGGGAGGGGUGGAGAAGGUUCACGGAUCCUGCUCCCACAAAGCCCAAGGGAUCAACUUCCCCUACUGGACCUCAGGGAGAAAAGGAGGCUGCUGCCUGGGUCCAAAGGGCUUGCGGUCUGGGAAGGACUAGGCGGCCACCGGAGCCGCUCUGGGGGCACCGGGAACGGCCCAACCCCGCCCCACUCACCUGCGCAGGUCCCAAACACCUUCGGAGCACAGAGCUACACUAGAAAGGUAAACCUCCUUGGGAGGAAGGUGACCCUCCCCAGGAGGAAGAUGACCCCCAGCUGCUACCCCGAGGCUUGGAUCACGACUACCCUGUGGCUCCUGGUGACGACGCUCAGCCUUCCAGACACAGCGACUGGGCAGCCACCUAUGCCCCCUGGGAAACCGCCUGGCCCUAUGUGUUUGGAACAGUUUACACUUGGGGUACCAGCCUUUGUACUGGACACAGACGCCUCCGUUAGCAAUGGGGCUACUUUCUUGGGCUCUCCCGAGGUGCGCAGGAGCUGGGAUUGUGUCCGUGCCUGCUGCAUCACCCCAACCUGCAAUCUGGCCCUGGUAGAACAGAAACCAGGCGGGGGUGAGGACGCCAUCUCUGCCUGCUUCCUUCUUAACUGCUUGUAUGAGCAGACUUUUGUCUGCAAGUUCUCCAGAAAGGAGGGUUUCCUUAACUACCUUACCCGGGAUGUCUACCAGUCCUACCGAGAGCUGAGGAAACAAGCCUUCGGAGGAGCUCACCUUCCCAAGUCCUGGGCUGGCAUGGAAAUAAAGGUGCAACCUCAGGAGCCCCUGGUGCUCCGGGGUACAGAAAACACUGAGUGGCACCUUCUCCAGGGAGAUACCAGUGUGGUGAUAGAGAAAAAGGAUUCGGACCAGCUAGAACUCUCACAACUAAAAGAGGGGACUUACAUUUUUCAACUGACUGUGAAGGACUCUGACUCAAAACAGGAUACUGCCAACUUCACAAUUACUGUCCUAUCACCCAAGCAGACAGAAGAACACUGCCUGGUACCCAGGAAGGUGGGCCGUUGCCGAGGCUCUUUCCCCCGAUGGUACUAUGAUCCCAUUGAGCAGCUCUGCAAACAGUUUGUCUAUGGUGGUUGCCUUGGCAACAAGAAUAACUACAUUCGGGAAGAGGAAUGCAAGAUGGCCUGCAAGGAUGUGCAAGGGCCUUCCAUCCAAAGGCAACAUCCAGUGUGCUCCGGAACCUGCCAGCCUCCCCAGUUCCGCUGUAAAGAUGGCUGCUGCAUUGAUGGUUUCCUGGAGUGUGAUGACACACCUGACUGCCUGGAUGGCUCUGAUGAGGCUAUCUGUGAUAAAUAUACCACAGGCUUUGAUGAGCUCCAAAGCAUCCACUUUCCUAGUGAAAAAGGACACUGUGUAGACAUGCCAGAAACAGGGGUGUGCCAAGAAAAUCUCCCUCGAUGGUACUAUAACCCCUUCAGUGAGCACUGUGCUCUCUUCACCUAUGGAGGCUGUGGUGGCAACAAAAAUAACUUCCUGAAUGAGGAAGAGUGCCUCAAAUCCUGUGAAGGCAUCUCGAAGAAAGAUGUGUUUGGUCUGCGGCGGGAAUUCCUGCAUCCAAACUCAGGUUCUGCAGAAGUAGCUGUUGCUGUGCUCCUGGGGACCUGUAUUGUGAUUGUGGUCGCCAUUCUGGGCUAUUGCUUCUUCCGAAACUAUAUGAACAGUAACCUCCAAGGUCAUCACCCUCUCCAUCACCACCAGCCUCCCCCUACACCAGCCAACUCUACAAUCUCUACCACUGAGGACACGGAGCACUUGGUCUACAACCACACCACCAGGCCCCUCUGAGCCAGGGGCUUCUCUGGGUACUGUGGGCCAUGAGUUCUGGCCAGCUCUAACUUGACCUUGCCCCCUUUCCUUAGUUUCUGUCCCCAUCAAGAAUGGAGGGUAGGGCAGAGAAAGAUUGGGCUUAGGGUCCUUUCCCCCUGUUCCCUAUCUCCAUUUUGCCUCGGAGCCCAAAUCUCCUGCCCUGACUUGGCAGAGUUGCCUCGGCCCUGGGGCUCAUAACACAGUUGGCAUCGUGAGAGACUCGAGUGGGCAAGAGGAGACAGCAUGCCCCUGUUCGGAAGGUCCUGUCAACUACUUAGGAGUAGAGAAAGUUGAAUUCUCUUUCCUUUUCAAAAUGGUCUGUGAUUCUGCCCUUUCCCCUACUUCCCCAGAGCUCUCAGCUCACUGAAGGGUAGAGGAGGGGAGGUGGCACUGUGACGGGAGGUGGGGGCAGGAGCUGCCCCCACCCUCAGGGUCUGUCUUUUUCUCCCUCAUUACCUCAUUAUGCUUAAGUUUCCUCUCCCCUCCCCCUCCCAGUCAAAGAAACUGGGCACUCCCCUGCUGGGGCCUGUACAUUUGUGCUAUAAAGUUUGUUUUUGUUUAUUUAAUGAGUAGGCACUGGAUCCAGUGUCUCUAUGUCCCUCUCCGUAGCUCCACUUCCUCUUCUGGGCCUGAAGAGAGGUGGCAGCUCUUGUACCCGAAGCACUGGGCUUGUGCAUGAUGAUGUAGAGAAGCUGAGGAAGUGAGGAUGUCAAAAACUGCUUCCAUCUUCCCUUGGUCUCUUCCUCAAUGAAGGGAUGUUAUUUUCCUCCAAGGGAGUCUUUAUCUCCCACCACCCAGUCUUUGCCACCUCUUCCCUCAUUGUAAUA